UUUUUUUUUUUUUUUUAAACCCACGAACCGCAGCAAAAAAGGAUUUCUUGCCUCUCGGAGAGACACCCCAGGUUCGCUCAAGGUUUGACGGGCCCUCCUCAUGGAAACCAUGACCCUGCCAUUUAUCCCACUUGUCCUGCUAUUGCUGCUGGAGAGGACAACCCACGCCUUGUUCCCCGAAGAACCUGGACCCAUCAGCGUGGCCCUUGAAGAUUCUGUGAAGCAGUAUUCGGUCUUUGUGGGCAAUGGCAUGGGUCGGUACUCCAGCCAAGAUGGCGGGGCAGAGAGGCUCAGCAUUCAGCGGAUGGUGACAAUCAACAGGACCUUGUACAUUGGGGACAGGGAUAACUUGUACCGUAUAAGCCUGGAGCCUUCUACAGCUGGAGAGAUGCGCUAUCAUCAGAAGCUGACGUGGAGGUCAAAUCAGCAUGAUAUCAACAUCUGCCGCAUGAAAGGAAAGCACGAGGCAGAAUGUCGGAAUUUUAUCAAAGUUCUCCUCCUCCGCAAUGACAACAUGCUUUUUGUGUGUGGCACCAAUGCCUUCAACCCAGUCUGUGCCAACUAUAGUAUGGACAAGCUAGAACCCAUUGGGGACAACAUCAGCGGCAUGGCCCGGUGCCCUUAUGACCCCAAGCAUGCCAAUGUGGCCCUCUUUACAGGAGGGAUGCUCUUCACCGCCACAGUGACUGAUUUCCUGGCCAUCGAUGCCGUGAUUUACCGCAGUCUGGGAGACAGCCCGACCCUGCGCACCGUCAAGCAUGACUCCAAGUGGUUCAAAGAGCCGUAUUUCGUGCACGCUGUAGAGUGGAAGAGCCACGUGUAUUUCUUCUUCAGGGAGAUCGCCAUUGAGUUCAACUACCUCGAAAAGGUGGUGGUUUCACGAGUGGCACGGGUGUGUAAGAACGACAUGGGCGGCUCCCAGCGGGUGCUGGAGAAACAGUGGACGUCCUUCCUGAAGGCGCGGCUCAACUGCUCAGUUCCGGGAGAUUCCCAUUUCUACUUCAAUGUCAUCCAGUCGGUCACAGACGUUUUCCAGCUGGACGGCCGGCCCGUGGUCCUGGCGGUCUUCUCCACACCUACUAACAGCAUCCCCGGCUCUGCUGUCUGUGCCUUCGAUAUGGCCCAAAUAUCCUCGGUCUUUGAGGGGCGCUUCCGGGAGCAGAAAUCCCCUGAAUCCAUUUGGACCCCGGUUCCGGAGGAAUUGGUACCAAAGCCACGGCCCGGAGGCUGUGCCACCCCUGGGAUGCGCUACAAUUCCUCCAGCUUCUUUCCGGACGAGAUCCUCAAUUUUGUCAAGACGCAUCCGCUGAUGGAUGAGUCGGUGCCGUCUCUGGGCAACACCCCCUGGAUCAUCCGGACCAUGACUCGGUAUCAGUUGCGUAAAAUUGUGGUGGACCCCGCAGCAGGGCCCGGGAAGAACCACACUGUGGUGUUUCUGGGGUCCGACACCGGCACCGUCCUCAAGUUUCUGAUCUGGGCUAACGUUAGCGCCACCCUGACGACAGUGCGGGCCAGCAUCCAGAGUGUGUUUCUAGAGGAGUUUGAGACAUAUCCCAGCGAAAAGUGCGGCAAGGACAGUGUGGAUGAGAGGAAGCUUCUGGGAAUGGAGCUCGAUAAAGCCACUGGAUCGUUGCUGCUGGCAUUCCCCCCUUGCGUGGUGCGGGCCCCUGUGGCAAGAUGCCACCAGCAUUCAGGCUGCAUGAAGAAUUGUCUGGGGAGCCGUGACCCUUAUUGCGGCUGGACCCCCGAAGGCUCCUGUAUUUUCGUGGACUUGAGCACCAGGGUCACGUUUGAUCAAGACAUUGCAGGUGGGAAGACGUCUCAUCUCGGUGACUGUGAAGGGCUGGUGACUGAAAGCUUUGUGGACGAACCGGAUGGGCUGGUGUCGGUGAACCUUCUGGUAAUCUCCUCGGUAGCGGCCUUCGUCAUCGGGGCUGUUAUCUCGGGCUUCAGCGUGUGCUGGUUUAUCGGGCACCGCGACCGGAAGGAGAUGGCCCGGCGCAAAGACAAGGAGAACAUCCUAUCCCACAGCGAGUCAGUGGUGAGCGUCAGCCGGCUGGGCGAACGACACGCUCGAGGCCCCGGUGGGCAGCCCGAGAACCUGCUGGCGCCGCUUAUGCAGAAUGGGUGGCCCAAAGGACUCAUCAAGGUUAGCCAGCACGACCUGGAUUCAGGAGUUCUCCCUACCCCAGAGCAGACCCCGUUGCAGCAGAAGCGAUGCCCGAAACCCUGCAGCUGGGAGUACAGCCACAACCUCAUCAACGCUUCAAUGCGGGGCGGGGACCCCCCAUCCUCCGUCAUUCUGCUCCAUGCCGGCCACACUCCAGUGCCCCCCCACCACUUGUCUUCUGGCCGUGUUAUCCCCAUCUCCUGCCACUCCAUGCUGAUGGACCAGGAGCUGGAAAGCGAAUCGGGUGACCUCUCGCUGGACAUGCGUUAUCUGCCGAUCAGUGGCGGAGAAGGACCCCGGGGAGUCCAGCAACAGCUGCAGCAAGCUCCAACUUCCCACCGACCCAGCGGGACGCGAAGCUCCUACGGUGGCGAGAUGCCGAUCACUCCGCACGACAGCCCCGACCGGCGACGGGUGGUGUCGGCCCCGAGCGGGGAGACGGGGGAUUCCACUCAAUGGAACCCCGACAAGCUGAACUCCAAUAGUAACAAUGCAGCCAGCAAGGCGAACGCACAUCUCAAACGCACCCACACUUUCAACAGUGGGGAAGGCCAGGUGGCUUACACCCGGGCGCAGAGGGCGCCCACGCUGGGCUCUCAGCACACCCUCACAGACUUUAGCCACCUCCUGAAAUACGGUGGCAUCGAGCGGACUGCCUCCUCUGUCAAAUAGGGAGCCAACCGGGACGCGUGGUCUGGCUCGGUAACCUCCCUCCUCGUGGAAGGGGCGGGGUUUCAUGACAGAAAGGAGGAGGGGCAGAGCAGGAAAACGAAAAAACCUAGAUACCCUGGAUCCCACUUUGGGAGGGACAGUGGGAGGAGGAGACCUGGACCCUCCCCCUUCCCAGCAUGUGGAUCGUUGGGGAGAGGGGUCACCAGAGAGGCAAAAGGGGGACCUCUUGUGUGUGUGUGUGUUUGGGGUUCUUGUCCUGGCGCUUCCUCGUUGGACUCUUCCUGGCCUUUGCGAUGCUCCUCCUUCUUUUUGAAAGGCGGUGGGGCGGGGCCUGUGGGGAUGGUUGCCCCUCCUCCUCCUGCCCCAGGGUGGAGAGUCAAAGAUUGCAGGACGGGAUUUUAGCUAAGAUUGCGAAAUAAUAGCAGAAACAAAACAAAAAACAGAAAGAAAUUGGUUGCUGGGAUGGUUUUGGAAAGGCUGUGCGCAAGAUCUGGAAAGGAUUCAGGGUUGACCCUCCACCUGGCUUUACCCUCUUUUCUUCGUACUGUAACAGCUGAUACUCGAGGGGUGGUCUCAUGCGGUGGGUUUUUUCCCAUCCCCGGCCCCAGAAAACGUCCUCCAUCUUGUUUGGAUGAUUCUGGGAUGUUACGUCCUCAAACCUCCCAUCCCUCUGCACACACGCACAUCCCCAGACUGCUCAGGCGCACCCAGAAGUGGAAGGUGCUCACAAGCUGAGCAAAGGCACCGUUCCACAGGAAUGGGUCCAAGGGAAAAUCUUUCCUUGCAGAACAUAUCAGAGGCUCUCUGUUUUCUCACAGCACCCACAGCAGGGAAAGUAACAACUGGGGUUUGUGUCUCCCCGGCCAACAUUUAAACCAUUUGGAAGCGAUCUGCUUUUCUGCAAAGACUUCUGGGAAUUCACGCCCCCUAUAGACUCCUUGGAGAAGUUCAAUUCCUAGGUUUGCAGCACCGUUGGCUUAAAAACAAAACAACAGCUUCAAAUGGGUUUAAAUGUGUAAUGCAGACGCAAGGAGGUUCAUUCAGAACAGACUUUCCUUUAAGGAAGUACAGGCAACCUCCAAACUAGGACUAUAAAUGGAGUGGGGGAUUCGUUUCCUGUUUGUCUCUUUUCCCUGUGGGUUGGACCUUCUGUAUUUAUGACCUUCCGUCCCCUUUCUUGGAGAAAGUAGAGGGUAACUCGAGCACAUCAGGAACAGAUUGGUAGCAGGGAUGGAGAGAGUUAAGGUUAGAACAUGGCACUUUUGCUGAACUGGAGUCCCAUCCAACCUGAUAGUGGCACCCGUCUAUGGGUCCACAGAAAUCAUUUGCGCAGAAUCAGAGGUGGAGUUGGUAAAUUGUCUGCCCAUACAGUCAAGGGAAAUGUUCCCAACACUUCUGGCUUCUAAAGGUAUAGGGUCCACAAAUUAAAAUUGUUGAAACACGUCAGUCUUGCAGCCAAAACAGUUUGCUUUUUGAGUAGGAGGUGACCUUGUGCAUUUCUGUAUGAGUCACUUUGCACAAGCAUGCCUCCUGAAGGGAAGAAGGCGACCCCAGACUCAUGCAGAGUUGCAAUAGCCACACUUCUGAAGACAGGAAAUUCCUCCGAGUUUCCGCAUCUGGGGUGAUGGAAUGAUCCAAACACGGGAAUAAGUCUAAAUAACCCCACCCUCCUAGGAAGGCUGGUUGCAACCAGAUCAGCUAUUCACACAGAGGCACAACUGCAAUUAUGUCUGUUGCCACUCUGAAUUGGAAAGGCUGAAGUAUUCCAAAGGCAUAUAAUGCACUGAUGCUAUAAAAUGGCCCCACACACAUGCACAAUAGGAUCUGACAGGGAGGAGGUUAGGACAGGGCGAGGAGUUUUGCAGAGAUGCAGCGGGGAACCUCUGUGGACUGGUGCUUGGGAAUCCCAGGAGACUUUAAAUUAUUUAAAUCCCUUUGGGAGGGCAACAUACAGUGUGGGAAUUUUGGAUCUGGAGUCACAAACACUGAUUUUAUUGGUCCCCAUGAGGAGUUCCAAAAUUCUUUUAUCGGCUUGGUGGAGAGAGCAGGACCAUGGAAGACUCCAAGACCCAGCCCAAAACUGAACUUGGAGACUGAACCAUACGUGACCUCUGAAUGGCUUUGGGGGUCCAAAAUGUUGCAACCCCAGAGGCAUGCGCCCCCUCACCCUGCACAACACACAAAUCCACAAAUUCUCUUGACUAUUCCUCAGUAACAAUAAUACAAGUUAUUAAAACAAGGCUUCCCACAUUUCAUUA